CCACUCCCCAAAGCAAAUGUCAGCUUAUAGACAUCAACAGGCUCAGGCUUUUAUAAAUGUUUCUGAGGAAGAACUAAAUAUUAAGGAUUUUCAUCCUGUCUAUGAUUGUGUUAAGCCACUCUCUGCUCACUGGAGAGGCAUUGCUAUUUCUUUGCGUCUAGAAAUAGACACUAUAAAUAGCAUUGAAGCCAGUUCUCAUGGAAAUGCUAUUUCAUGCCUACAAAAAGUUCUAGAGCAUUGGUUAAAGAAAGACUAUGCUUACAGGACUAAUGGUAUCCCUUGCUGGAGAAUGUUGUGUGUAGCUGUUAAAGAAGGAGGUGAUCCAGCAUUAGCUGAUGAAAUAGCUCGUGAACAUCCUCUACCAGCUAUGCCACUUGAAAGAACAACUAGUUUGAAAGGUGAUACACGGGAUAUAAGAAAUCUUCUGCAAGAAAAGGAACAGCAGAAUAUGACACUGAUUCAAGAACUGAAAGCAGAAAAAGAAAAGAGGCAGAAAGCAGAGCGUCAGUCUCAUGAAGCAGAACAUAUGUGCAAGCAACAACAGAUUGAAAAAGAGCAAGAAAUGCAAGAACAUCGUCUUCAGUUAGAAAUGAUGAAUAAAAUGCUACAAGAGAAGAAUAAAGAACUACAGGAGAAGGAUAGAAAGCUACAGGAGAAAGAUAGAGAGCUAUGUCAGACUCAAGAGGCUGACUGGGUUAUUAAUAAAGAUGAGGUGACUUUGACAAAGGAGGAGUUAGGAAGAGGAAGUUAUACUGUCACUACAGUUGGUAUCUUUAGAGGUUUAAGAGUAGCUGUCAAGUCACUUCAUGCUAUUGUCAUCUCAGAUUAUAAUCUACAUCUCUUCUCGCAGGAAAUGAGUAUAGCAUCAAGAGUACAUCAUCCUAACCUGGUCCAGUUUAUUAGUGCAACUAAAGUGGGUAAUCCUCUCAUCUUGACCGAGCUGAUGAGCACUAGUCUUAAUCGGGAGCUUCGCAGAAACCGAUUAACCAAUCAACAGAUUCUGAGUAUUGCUCAAGAUGUAGCUUUAGGCCUCAACUACCUUCACCUGUUUAAGCCUCACCCUAUUAUUCACAGAGAUGUGAGCAGUCAUAACGUAUUAUUAAAGCCUUGCACUGGACCUGGUGGUUAUGAAGCUAAAGUAACAGAUUAUGGUACAGCUAAAGUAGUACAAGCUGAUGAAUUUAUGCAAGGCAAUAUUGCAUAUGCUGCACCAGAAGCUCCUAUUCCUGAUCGACACAGUCCAGCAAUGGAUGUCUACAGUUACUCUGUUCUCCUUAUGGAAAUGAUUUUGUGCUCUCGACCAGAAAUGACGAUAGCAGAGAGAGAAGUACAAUCUGGUAGUGUCUCCUGGUCUGAUAUGAAGUCUCUCAUACAAAGAGGACUUAAUGCUAAUCCUAGAGCUCGUCCUACUAUGGCUCAAGUAAUAGAGGCAUUGAAAAGGAUGAAGAUAUAAAUAUUUAAU